AUGAGCCUUCUUGUGGGUUUCGUCUCACUUUCACUGGUCUUUCUUCUUCUAGUGGUUACAGGUGUGUCUAGCUUUUUUCACAGUGAACAACGAAAUAGUCUCUCGCUUUUUCUUUGUGCUUCUUUUAUUUCAUCUCUCUUUUCCUUCCUUUCUCUCUCUCUCUCUCUCUCACUCUCUCUCUUUCACUGUAUAUCUAUAUGGCUCGCUCUUUUUAUUUUAUUUAUUUUUUUAGUUACCUUCAGUGCUAAUACCUUCCUCUCUUUCCACUUCUCUCCUCGUUUCUCGCGAAAUUCUUUUUCUCUCUCUCUCUCCCAUCUUUCUUUCUUUCUUUCUUUUUUUCUGUUUUACAAUCUGUCUUUCAAUUUCGUUUCAACUAUUUUACCCUUGUUUUCUCUUUCCCUCCCUUUGUGUCCACUACUCCUGUUCAAUAGUGUGAACCGGGCAAUAUUUGAAUCUCUCUCUCUCUCUUUCUCUCUCUUUUCCCUUCCCUUUCUCUUCAUUCUAACUUUCUCUACGCCUUCACUUAUUUUUUAUUCCACUCUCUGUUAUUCUCCCAGUUCUUCCUUUAACUUCCUUCCUUCGCAAUUUCCUUCCUUUCUCUGUUAUUCUUUAAUUGCUAAAUUCUCCUUUCCUCUUUCCUUUCCAUUCUUUGCUCCUCCUCCUCCUCCUCUUCUUCUUCUUCUUCUUCUUCUUCUUCUUCUCUCUUUCUCUUAUUCACACGGUUCUCUUUUUUUCCUUCAGCUUUCCACUUUUUUCUCUAUUGCUCUUUCUGAUUCUUUUUGUUUUUGUCCUUUCUUUCUUUCUUUCUUUCUUUCUUCCUUUCUUUCUUUCUUUCUUCAUUUUCCGCUCUCUCUAUCUUUUUCAUUCUCUCUUGCUCACUUUCUCUUUCUUUCUUUCUUUCUUUCUUUCUUUCUUUCUUUCUUUCUUUCUUUCUUUCUUUCUUUCAUUCAUUCAUUUCUUUCUUUCUUUCUUUCUUUUAUAAUCUUCCAAUUCCGUCUCAGCCCAUUUUCUCUUUUUCUCCUUUUCCCGCUGUUUACCCCGUCUCUAUAUAUUUCUUUAUCUCUCUCUUUUCAUUUUUUCUUCUUGACUUUCUUUCUUUCUUUUUCUUUCUUUCUUUCUUUCUUUCUUUCUUUUUUUCUUUCUUUCUUUCUUUCUUUUAAUUCCCUCUUUCCUCAUUUCUCUUUCUCCCCUGUUUCUGAACUUUAA